CUGCUGUCUGCGCGAGCCCACGCAGCUCCCCAGCCUGGCCUUGAACCACAGGCGCUUCACCAGCACAGCGGCAGGUAUGGCGGGCGUGGAGCAGCAGGAGGGCACCAUCCAGGUGCAGGGCCAGAGCCUCUUCUUCCGAGAGGCACGGCCGGGCGAUGGACAGGCCGCCCGCUUCUCUGUGCUGCUGUUGCAUGGCAUCCGCUUCUCCUCUGAGACCUGGCAGAACCUCGGUACACUGCACAUGCUGGCCCAGGCUGGCUACCGGGCUGUGGCCAUUGACCUGCCAGGUCUGGGGCGCUCCAAGGAAGCAGCAGCCCCUGCCCCUGUUGGGGAGCUGGCCCCCAGCAGCUUCCUGGCAGCUGUGGUGGAUGCCUUGGACCUGGGACCCCCGGUUGUGAUCAGCCCAUCCUUGAGUGGCAUGUACUCCUUGCCCUUCCUCACGGCCCCUGGCUCCCAGGUCCGGGGCUAUGUGCCGGUGGCCCCUAUCUGCACUGACAAAAUCAAUGCUGCCGACUAUGCCAGUGUGAAGACUUCAGCUCUUAUCGUAUAUGGAGACCAGGACCCCAUGGGUCAGACCAGCUUUGAGCACCUGAAGCAGCUGCCCAACCACCGGGUGUUGGUCAUGGAGGGGGCAGGGCACCCCUGUUAUCUUGACAAACCCGAGGAGUGGCAUACAGGGCUGCUGGCUUUCCUGCAGGGACUGUGAGGCCCAGCCCUGCUGUCUGAGUGGGCUGCUUGCCUGCCUUGGCUCUCUCUCAUUCUCUCUCUCUCCCCCUCCCUCCAUGGGCACCUGCUCAUCAUGCACAUGCAACAGGUGUGUCUGUCUGUCUGUCUAUCUGGUUCUUGUCUUUUGGGGUCUGUCUUUUCCUCUUCCUCUUUCUCUUGCAGUGACAGACUGAAGAGAUGAAAUCAAGAGAAAAAAAUUCAGGAACCAAGGGACGGAAUCUGGUGGAGGGUAAUCCGUUAGUUGAGCUUCUCUUUUAGGCUUUCCUGCUUGGCUUGCACUCCUUCCUCUGCUCUGCCCAGCCUCCCCCUCCUACCUCCUACCUCCUCCUUUGGCUACCCUGCAGGACCGUCACACCCCUCACUCCUGCAUCUUAGGCCACAGAUACAUACAUGCCCACAUGCAUGCUUACACAUGGGAGCCAUCUAUGUUCCCAAAUGUGACUCUUCACUUGGGAGCAACCACGUAGGUACACGCGACUCUGGAAUGACACGCACACUGUCACGCGCAGCUUUGCAUUGCAUGCACAUACACACAUGGAUACUUGUGCUUCCACACAAGCACUUGCACAGGCACAUGUGCCCUCCCAACCAUGCAGCACCCCACUGUCUGGGAAGGUGGGGCCCCCCAGGGCCAGCUCUUGCAGGAGUUCCUCUGCCAGGCUUAGAGUGUGGCCAGCCCUGGACUCCAUUCACCUACAGGUUGCAGCUGGCCCCAGACCAGAAUUGCCCCGCAAAAGGGAAGGGCCACCCCUUUGACCCUCAGAUCUCCCUGCUUUUCUCCGUCCUUCUGGGUGCCCCACACCUCCCCAGGUUAUUAGGCCUGGGUCUUCUCAGCCAAGCCUGUUUUCUGCUCUGAGGUUUGGGGGGUGGGGAGAGGAGAGUGGAGGUCGGUGAAAUAAAAUGAUGCAGUUAGA